AUCCGUGAGAAAAGUAAUCCGUGAGAAAUUAUGUUACACGUUUGUUGACAAGAGACAAGAAACAAGCGACAAGAAACCCUCCCCCAAGAAUUCUCGAGUAAGAUUUUUCUUCAGCAAGAUGACAAAGGACUUUAGUAUGAACUUGCUCCUACGGAUGUAGCCACUCGUGUGGUCAUCCAAAAUGAUGACGCAAACCCACAACAAUGUGUUCAACUUUAUUCGAAUCACUACCCUUAGCCAAUAAAACAUUUCACAAAACCACUCCAAUGCUCGUGGAAAGUGACAAAUAAAGACCAAUGAAGUUCCAGUAUCAAAUCAAGUAAUUUUGUCGAUGAUGCGAUCAACUCAUUAUCAGGUGUUGUUGUUUUUAUGUGUCGGAGAGAGUCUAGCUUUCACUGAAAAGUGCAGCCUCCCAUUGGACGUCUAUAGUUCAGGUCCCAAGGAAUCUGUGGUGCUUUCACUAUAUCACUGUUUUAGACCAGCAUACAGUGAAACAAAAAAAUUCGUCGAUGAAUGUAAGAGUCAACCAUCGAGUAAAAUGGUUCUUAAACGAUAUCAGGUGGUGGACAUGAAAGAUACUGUGAACGGUUACGCCGUAACAGCCAAAUUUUACGGGGACCAGGUUUGCGUCGCUUACCGAAAGAAGCAAGAUAUACACGACAGCAGAGGUCAUAUAACACCAGAAUAUUGCACCACCAAAUGUCAGAUUAAAGACGAGGCAUCAGCGAUCUAUAAAACUGAGUUGGUUUGUAAUGGAACUGCAGGCUGUACAGGGGGUUACAAACGCUUGAAAUUUAUCGUUAGCGAUUCAAGCAGUGAAACUACGAUGAUUUCGUUAACAGUCUUGACAAUUUGCACAUUGCUAUCCGCGGCUUUUGCUUCAUGAAAACAGAUUUUAAGACUAUCAAGUUUUAUUCACCUCAUUGUAUCGUAUAUUUUUUUGUUCCGUGGUACGCUAUAUAUUUACUGUAUUAUCCAUGGAAAUGAUGAAAUGCCAUUUACUUCUCUCACGCCAGACAAUUUAGCUGACCAAUAUGCAUGCUGCAUUUUCUAACA